AUGGCUUCGCUCAAUAUAUCUACUGCCCCCGGGGCUGUGAGUGAAGAUGCCGGCCAGAAUUCUGUCUCAGCAGCAAAGCUGGAGCUCCCAUCCAUUGAGCAGGUCCUCUCAAAUUUGUCGGAUAUGCCUAGUGCCCUCCCACCGCGACACUCGGAGACAUUGGCCCAAGACGAACAAGAGAAGAUGUUCCGUACUUUGAAAAGCGCCAUUGAGAGUGCCUAUGAAAGCAGCCCCUUGGAUCUCAAGAGCCUUCAGGGUGCCCUGUAUGAGGCAGAUGCGGAUGCAAGCCGUGGCCAACGGGAUACCGAGUCUUUGCAGAGUGUUCAUUCCAUUCUGGGCAAGCUGUGGUCUACAAACUCGGGAUUACUGAGCCAGGCGGCUGAGGUCUUCGCGAAUGGAAGUCGGGAUCCAUCAUGGCGUGUCCCAAUUGGACAGUCUGGUGUCCUCAAGUUCUUUCUGGAUGUCGUUUCCUCAAGGGAGCAGGUGGAGACGGACCUGCUACUCCACUCCCUUCGCCUGAUUGGAAAUUCUUGUGCUGAUACAGAUGAAAACAGAGAAAUCGUCGUCAAAGAUAACUACACCCUUGCUAUUUUUCGACAUUUCCUCAACCCUGAUCUCAUUCAUGUAGCUAUUCCGGUAAUCUAUAACAUCUGUAUGGAUUAUGAGCCCGCGCAUUCUCAAAUGGCGGAAAAUAGAGCCGCAUAUAUAAUCUUGAGGCUUCUAAUAGAUGGAAUCAUUCCAGAUAAUGAGGCUCUACUUGGGUUCGCAUAUGAUCUGGUCGAGCUCUCCUCGGAACAAGCGCAAGGUGUCGAGAAUUCCCCAGAAGGAACCAUUCUGCUACUCAUGGAGCUCGCUCUGAAUGAUGAUAUUCUCUUCGAGUACUACUCAUCCUUGGUAAAUUCACUGUCGAUUUACCUGGAAAAGGAGCGUUUCCAGAAUGUUUGCAUCGUAAAUGGCAUGGUCGGAAAGGCGUUGUCUGUUCUUCGUCGCUCAUUCACCAUCGACUACGACGCCUCUACUAAGGAAGAUGUCCAAAGUAUGGCUCAACUUCGCCUGAAAAUCAACACAGCUCUUGCCGAGAUUUCUGCUUCCUCGCUCUUUGCGGAACACUACCCACUUGACUCGGAGCUUUCGCAGACUCUGAAGUCUUGGGUCGUUGCUAGUGAGGAUCAACUUCAGAUCUGCGCGUGCGUCAUGCUGGGCAACUUGGCCCGCUCAGAUGAAGUCUGUCAAACGAUGGUUAAAAAUAUGAAGAUCCAUGAACAGUUAAUCGCUGUUCUGAACAGUGACGCCCGUGGUGCGGUUCUUCACUCCGCACUUGGAUUCUUGAAGAACUUGGCUAUUUCUGGCGAUAAUCGGUCCAGACUUGCGAAAGCUGAAAUCGUCCCAGCGGUCUCACGCCUAUGGGCUUUUGACUCGGUCCCGCAGGUCCAAUUUUCAGCUGCGACGAUCGCGCGCCAAGUCAUCAUCUCGUCGAUGGAUAACAUAUCCCGUCUACUGGCUCCUCUUUCUGAGGACUCUGAAUCUCCGGCUCAUCAACGGACUUAUCUUUCUCUGUUGCUGUCGCUAUUCGAGAAAACAGACUCGCCCCCGAUCAAAACAGAAAUCGGACGCACUGUCGCCUCGAUCUGUCGCACCGUCAGUCCUAAGGCUCGCGAUGGAGAUGAAGAAGCGUCUUCAUUACUGGAGAGGCUCUACAAGCUGCAUGAGGGUGUCGCGCACCCGGUUGGGGCUAUGAUUACACAGACCCAAUGGCCCGUGGUUCGAAGUGAAGGCUGGUUCGCACUGGCUCUGAUGGCGACCAACAAGUCAGGAUGUGCGGCUGUGGUGGAAUGUCUACAAAAUGACGACGUUAUGGAGCUUCUCAAGAAUACUAUGGCCGGAAAACAUUCGGUUUCCGAGGAAGGUGGCGAAGCAAACGAAACUCAAGUGCAGAGAGAUCGCGAUAAUGCGUUUGUUCUGCUGCAAGAGCUUCUGAAGAAUGAGUCUGGUGUCCUCUCGAUGGGCUAUCGGGAAACCAUGGAAGACUUGGUGAAGGAUACUGCUAUGCAGCAUCUAACAGGAUAG